UCUCGCACCUGGGAAUCCUCACUUCACCAGCAUCUCCUCCUGCCAGGACACCAUGCGCAAGAACAACUCCUAGGACGUACCGCUGCCUCUGCUGCCAUUUCAGACCUAAAAAUGUAUUGCCUGGAAUUGGCAAUCACAGCACUGCUAUCAGUUUUAUGCAGCGUCUUUUACAUUCCCACCGUUAAUGCAGAAGGAAAGGAGGGAGAGAUCCUUCCCCCUACAAUCCAGAAGCUCAUGAAAGGAUAUAACAAAUAUCUGCGCCCCUUCUUUGAUAAUGGGCCUGUGACAGUGGGAAUGAGUUUGGACAUUGCCAGCAUUGAUACAAUAUCAGAAAUUAACAUGGAUUACACAGCCACCAUAUUCCUGAGACAGCGCUGGACUGAUGAACGGCUCUGCUUCGAAGGCAACAAGAGUUUAAGUUUAGAUGGUCGUCUGGUGGAACUGUUGUGGGUCCCUGACACAUUUAUAGUGGACUCCAAAAAGUCAUUUCUUCAUGAUAUCACUGUAGAAAAUCGUCUCAUAAGGAUUUAUCCAAACGGAACAGUACUUUAUGCCUUAAGGAUAACGACGACGGUUGCAUGCAGUAUGGAUUUGACAAAGUACCCUAUGGAUAAGCAAACCUGCACACUGCAACUGGAGAGCUGGGGCUAUAACAUAAAUGACGUAAUGUUCUACUGGACGAGAGGAAACGACUCAGUGCGAGGUCUUAAUACCCUCCGCUUGGCGCAGUAUACAGUAGAAGACCACUACACUUCUGUGUCUGAAGCCGUAUAUGAAACUGGAAGAUAUCCAAAGCUGGUUUUCCAUUUUGAUCUCAAGAGAAAUAUCUUAUACUUUAUUCUGGAGACCUAUGUACCAUCUAUUCUUCUAGUUGUGCUCUCCUGGGUCUCCUUUUGGAUCAGUCAGUCUUCAGUACCAGCCAGAAUUUGUAUAGGUGUCACAACAGUCCUUACCAUGACAACACUUAUGAUGGGCGCCAGGACCUCUCUGCCCAAUGCAAACUGCUUUAUAAAGGCAAUAGAUGUCUACCUUGGCAUUUGCUUCAGUUUUAUAUUCGGAGCCCUUUUGGAAUAUGCAAUCGCACACUUUUGCACCCUUCAUCGACUAGACCAAAAGAACAUCAUAAAGGAUUUUGAAGAAGAAGACAUUGACAUGAAUGGGACCAUUAAUGCGGUUUCCAGUGGGGAAAACAGUCGAACCAAAACAGACACCAGUAAAAAUGAGAAGAGCCGGGGUGGUCGCAUUCUCUUGUCAUACAUGAAGAGAAUCCAAUGUAUUUUGUAUUGCUUCCAGGUUAAGAAUCCACAUCACAUCGAUAACUACUCUAGACUUUCUUUUCCGUUGUGCUUUAUUGUAGUUAAUGUUUUUUACUGGGUGUAUUAUUUGUAUUUCUGA